AUGAGCUUUGGCAAGAUGGAGGGUGACGCUUCGGACAAGAACAUCGGCUUCAUGCUGCAAGACGACGUCGCCGACGGCCCCUACUACCGCCAGGAAUGGGAGGGCAUGAAGCAGACCACCCCGAUCAUCUCGGGUGGCAUGAACGCCUUGCGGCUGCCUGCGUUCUUCGAGAACUUGGGCCACUCGAACGUUAUCCUGACGGCCGGCGGUGGGGCCUUCGGGCACAAGGACGGGCCGAAGCAGGGCGCGAUCUCGUGCGCCCAGGGCGAGGAAUCGUGGAAGUUGUGGAAGGCAGGCACUUACGGCGACGUGAGCCUGUCGGACGGUGUCGUCGAGUAUGCGAAGACGCACGAGGAGCUCAAGGGCGCGUUCUUGACGUUCCAGAAGGAUGCGGACCAGAUCUACCCGGGCUGGAAGGAGAAGCUCGGCUACACGGGCGAGUCCUCUGUCCAGGCAGCCAGCUUCAACUGGCAGAAGAAGGAGUUGGCCGCGGCGUUCGUUGGCGCCAGCAAGGCUCGCAAAGCGAGCUCUGUGACCCGCCAGGCCCUGGACCAGUCGAGCCGCUACGCGGACCUCUCGUUGACGGAGGAGGACCUGAUCAAGAACGGCCAGCACGUGCUGGUGGCCUACAUCAUGAAGCCCAAGGCGGGCUACGACUACCUGGCCACCGCGGCGCACUUCGCGGCUGAGUCCUCUACAGGCACGAACGUGAACGUGUGCACCACCGACGACUUCACAAAGACGGUGGAUGCUCUCGUGUACUACAUCGAUCCUGAGAACGAGGAGAUGAAGAUCGCCUACCCGACGGCUCUGUUCGACCGCAACAUCACCGACGGUCGCGCCAUGAUGUGUUCCGUGCUGACCCUGAGCAUCGGGAAUAAUCAGGGCAUGGGUGACGUCGACUACGGCAAGAUCUAUGAUAUUUAUUUCCCGCCGCAGUACCUGCGCCUGUUCGACGGGCCUUCGUGCUGCGUGAUCGACAUGUGGCGCAUCCUGGGUCGCGGCACGGUCGGUGGUGGCCUGGUGGUCGGCACCAUUAUUAAGCCCAAGCUCGGCUUGCAGCCGAAGCCUUUCGGCCAGGCGUGCUAUGGCUUCUGGCAGGGCGGCGACUUCAUCAAGAACGAUGAGCCGCAGGGCAACCAGACUUUCUGCCAGAUGAACGAAUGCAUCCCCGAAGUCGUGAAGGCCAUGCGCGCGGCCCAGGAGGAAACGGGCCAGGGCAAGUUGUUCUCCGCCAACAUUACGGCGGAUGACCCGAACGAGAUGAUCGCACGUGCCAAGUACAUUUUGAACCAGAUGGGCCCGAUGGCGGAGAAUUGCGCCUUCUUGGUCGACGGCUACGUGGCUGGCGGCACUGCGGUGACCGUUGCGCGCCGCAACUUCCCGAAGCAAUUCUUGCACUACCACCGCGCCGGCCACGGCGCAGUGACCAGCCCGCAGACGCAGCGCGGGUACACCGCCUUCGUGCACACCAAGUUGUCGCGCGUCAUUGGUGCCAGUGGCAUCCACACGGGCACGAUGAGCUUUGGUAAGAUGGAGGGCGACGCUUCGGACAAGAACAUCGGAUUCAUGCUGCAAGACGACGUCGCCGACGGCCCCUACUACCGGCAGGAGUGGGAGGGCAUGAAGCAGACCACCCCGAUCAUCUCGGGUGGCAUGAACGCCUUGCGGCUGCCUGCGUUCUUCGAGAACCUGGGCCACUCGAACGUUAUCCUGACGGCCGGCGGGGGGGCCUUCGGUCACAAGGACGGGCCGAAGCAGGGCGCGAUCUCGUGCGCCCAGGGCGAGGAGUCGUGGAAGUUGUGGAAGGCAGGCACCUACGGCGACGUGAGCCUGUCGGACGGCGUCGUCGAGUACGCGAAGACGCACGAGGAGCUCAAGGGCGCGUUCUUGACGUUCCAGAAGGAUGCGGACCAGAUCUACCCGGGCUGGAAGGAGAAGCUCGGCUACACGGGCGAGUCCUCCGUCCAGGCAGCCAGCUUCAAUUGGCAGGAAGAAGGGGGAGUUGGCCCGCGGCGUUCGUUGGCGCAGCAAGGCUUUUUUUUCUUAUUUUUUUUUUUUUAUUUUUUUUUUUUUCCUUCUCGAAAGCAAGCUCUGUGA